AUGACCUCCGACCUUUCUUCAUUGCUGAACUCCUCAAGAGCUCUGAACUCGCACCUUUCACGGCCUGAUCUCCCUUCCGUCAACCUUUCUCUAGAUCAAAUUGAGGCUCAGUCACGCCGGCUCGUAUCUCGACAACCUGGAGCAUCCAGUGAUGCUGACCGAGCGAACUACCUUUUGGCACAGGCUCAUGUCGAUGCACCUGCUCUUGCCAACUCCAUUGCUCACUUGAACACAUCAACGACUUUCUCUCCCCUCCAGCCCCUCCAAGACACGGAUGUCGCAGGCUAUCUUCGCCAUGCUCACGAACAGAAUCUUAUUUCAACGAUAGAAGAAGGUCGAAGGGAAACUCAGGAGAACUUCUAUCGUUUGCUUGAGGAGCGCAGUCACAAAGACUGGGAGGCUAAAAAGAGACGCGUGUUUGAAGAGCUGGGAGGUCGUGCUACCAGUGAUAGCAAAGCCCUUGCUGAGAUGAAAAAGAGCUUCCAUGGAAGGGCUGCACUGACGGCAAGCACAGGGCCUAGUUUGACUCUUCAGAUGCAGAGCAAGAUGAUGGCAUAUGAUCGUGCAAUCAGCGAAUUGAAUGCUGCCAGGUUGCGCGGAACAUCUUGUCCCAUCAUCCAUCUCCUCAUGCAAGCUACCGCAAGCCUGAACUCAGAGGCACGUAUUUCUCACUGUAUCGAAUGUCAACCUUCCAUGCAACAAAUGCUUCAAAACUUCCAUGUGCUUGCAAAGAUUACGGGCGAACCUCCUGCUCUGCCCCCUGUGGAACACGCAGGCGCUCACAUCUUGAACGCCCCGCUUUUCGAGCGCAAGUACGCGCGCGUCUACCUGGGGGAUAGCGACUCUCGGGAGGCCGCAGCUCUGCGGGCUCAGAUUGCCAAAGGCUCACGAGAAGCUCUCGAGGACCAGUUUUGGGAUAUCAUCGAACGUUCCAUCCAGUCGAGACCUAUGGAGGCCCGCCUUGGGGGAGAUCCUAGUGUAGCAAACAAAAUACGCGCCUUCCUCUUGAUGAGAUAUUAUAAAAACGGGCAGUGGGAAGAUCGGAUAGAGCUUGUCGCCGGUCAGCCUUUGUGGGCUAAGCUGUACUACCUUGUACGCACCGGUCACGCACAAGAGGCUCUAGACGAAGCUUUGAAAUCGCAGCAAGCCAUCGAGCACCGCGAAGACAGCUUCGUGAGCCACUUCCGCUCAUGGGUGGAGUCGCCAGAAAGACGGUUACCCAAACCCCAUCGUGACCACUUGCAAACAGUAUACAAUGCGCACAUGUUGCAUUCCGCAUCCGCAGAUCCGUUCAAGCUUGCUCUGUAUAAACUCAUGGGAAAACUCGAGCCUUCGCGGAGAACAGUGCCACAAGUGACGAUGACGACUGAGGAUUGGCUGUGGUUCCAGCUGGCAAUGGUCGAUGAAGAGGAAGAGGGUGGCCUGCGUGGGCUCACUGAAGUUCUCCUGAGCUAUGGAGAGCGCCAUUUCGACGGUGCGAAGAAGGGUGUGUGGCCUGGUGUUCUGCUCAUGUGCGGCCAAUUUGAGCGGGCUGUAGCUGCGCUAUGGGAACACCCAGAGACAGAAAUCGAAGCCGUCCACCUUGCCAUUGCGCUUGCAUACCAUGGGCUUCUGCGCGUUCCGUCUCGCGCUGAAACAUCUGACAUCAGUCCUUUGACCCUUUCCCCACUCUCACCUCCCGCACUCAGCCUGCCGAUGCUUAUUUGGCGAUAUGUGCGUCAGUUCGUUAAGAUGGACGCAAAGGAAGCACUUCAGUAUGUCUACUGCGUGUGUCUCUCGGCGGACCAAGGCGACGGUGUCGGCAAAGAGAACGUCGAGACCGCUUGGGAGCUCGUGAGGCGCAUCAUCGUUCUCGCUCACUCAGGUCCUGCCUGGGAAGAACUCGUCGGUGGAUUCAGACCCGAUGGCACGCGAUUCAGCGGCGUUAUUGAACAAGGCGCAACCCUUCUCCACCUACAAACCACCGCUCAGUACAACGAACAAAUUCUCAUCCGUGCCGCCCGCGACUCCGAGGAGAACGACCGCAUUCCCGAGGCUAUCAAACUGUACAACCUUGCCGGGGAUUACGGCACGGUCAUUUCAUGUCUCGCACAGGCACUCGGCAACACGCUGGCGCAGCCUGCAGGUGAAACAGAGAAGGGCAAAGUCAUCGAGCGUACGGCCGUUGAGAUUUUGAGGCAUUACGAGCGCACCAACCGGGCAGUGGGUAAGGAUCGAGAUGCCGCUGUUAGACUGUUGCGCAUCAGGGAAGCGAUCAAUGCAAAGAGCUCUGGGAGGUUUGAUAUUACGCUGGAGAUUAUGGAGUCCACGGAUCUCAUCCCUCUUGAUGGGGAUGUCGCGAAGAUUACGCGGAAGGCAGAGGAGUUCAAGGAUCUGCACGAUGCCUUGCAACGCAAUCUGCAAGUAUAUGUGCCGCUGACGAUGGAAGCGUUAGCGGCUGUACACCAAUCCAUCAAAAAUUCUGCUACGGCAGAAGCCACGAGACAAAUGACAUUGACAUCACUCAGGAAGAAAUCAAGGUCGCUGAUGGUGUUUUCUGGUAUACUGAAGUACAGGAUGUCUCCUGAUGUGUACUCAUAUCUCGCGAGAUUGGAUGUCGAGAUCGCUUUGUAA